AUGCCCUCACAAUCAAAUCUGAGAGCUGCUCAGGCCGUUGUUCUUUCACGCCAGCGACUUCGCCGCGGUCUCAAUCGUGAUGCUGCCGGCCGCCGAAAGAAGCCACUGACUCUUCGUGCUGCUGAAGCUCGAUAUGCCGGCUCUGCUCGUGCAUCUAUCGGCCGCAUCGUCAAGAGACUUGAGGCUGCGAAUACCGUAGAUUAUGAGGAUGUUGUCGAUCCUAAGAUGGGGCGCCCGCGGCAACUCACGGAUGAGGAAGAAGAAGCUAUCGUGUGUUAUAUCGUCUGGAUGGAAAAGUCAGGCCUGCCUGCCUCCAAGUGGGAAAUAGAAGAUGCAGCACUUACUCUGCGGCGCCGCCGUGAUCCUGAUGCGAGACCUGUGAGCAAGAUGUGGUACUCUCGCUUCCGCGAUGAUCAUCCUGAGCUUGCGAAAUCGAUAUUGAAGUCGAGAGAAGCUUCGCGUGCCGAAUAUGAGGAAGGCGGCGUUGAUGAUACGAAGGAGUGGUUCCAACGCCUCAGCGAUGUGAUGACGAAGUACAAUAUCGGUGCAUCAGAGACCUGGAAUGCAGAUGAAGCAGGAGUUAGAGUCGGAAUGCUACGAGAUAAGAUGGAAUGCCUCGUUGUACGCACCAAGAAGAAGUCAGCAACAGAGGUAUUUUCUCCGCAAGAUCGCGAGACUUGCACAGUCAUCGGCUCAGGCAACGCAGCCGGCGCAACAACGCCCCCCUGGCUGAUCUUCAAGUCGUUGCCAACGCUUGAGUGGGCGUUCAUUGAAGGCGAUCCUGAUAUGCGCUUCGCUCAGUCAGACUCGGCAUUCUCAAGUGCGGCGAUAACGCUCGAGUGGGCGAAGCACUUCAACCGAUGCUCGUGGGAGAAAUCUGCUACUGUACAGAAACGUCAGCUUGAUUUUGAAGAGUGGUUUGGGUGUAAUGAGCACCUUCAGGAUACAAAUAACCGCUUGGUUACUCACGAUAUGCCUCCCGCGGCGAGGCCUGAUGAUGAGGCUGUAUGGCGGCUGCUCGUUAUCGACGGCUUCACAGGCCACGGCUCAUUCGAAUUACGAGAAUAUAUGAUAAAGUUCAAUAUUCUCGCGUAUUUCAAUUCUCUGAAGGAAGCGCAUCAGAAGAAGCUUCGUGAGGCGUUGCGGAAGGGAAAUCUUACCUUUGGCCGGCGUGCCUUUGCAGGAGCUUUUCAGGAGAUCUUUAAUGAAGGCUUCACUGCCGCUCACAUCAUCUCGGGCUUCCAAAAACGGGCAUCUACCCUCCCACAGACCGACCUGCCAUAG